GAAAACUGUCGGGGUGGCCGCAGACACGAGCCUCCGCGCUUUGCUGCAUCGUGUGACGUCACGUGGGACGUGGCUUCGGAGGCAAGCGCAGUGAGGGACCAAGGCAGAGAGGCCGGCGGUUACGCCACUCACACUUGGGGAAGAGUUAACGGGACAGCGGUGCAAGCCAAUCGCAACCAGUUCUCUGGAGGCAGGGAGCCUGGGUGGAGACGGCGGAGACUGCAGUUGCUGUUCUAAGAACAUGGAAUUGGCUAUGGAUAAUUCAUAUGAUUUCAAUCAGCAAAACUCAUGUAAUGGAAUUUCGUCUGAGAAGAAAAGCAACUUCCUUGUAUCGGAAGAUCAUGGACAGAAAAUCUUAAGUAUACUACAGAACUUUAGAGAACAAAAUGUCUUUUAUGAUUUCAAAAUAAUCAUGAGUGAUGAGAUAAUCCCAUGUCACCGCUGUGUGCUGGCAGCCUGCAGUGACUUUUUCAGGGCUAUGUUUGAAGUAAACAUGAAAGAAAGAGAUGAUGGAAGUGUUACCAUUACAAAUUUAUCCUCCAAAGCAGUUAAAGCAUUUCUUGAUUAUGCCUAUACUGGAAAAACAAAAAUAACAGAUGAUAACGUGGAAAUGUUCUUCCAGUUGUCAUCAUUUCUUCAAGUUUCCUUCCUAUCCAAAGCUUGCAGUGACUUUUUAAUAAAAAGUAUUAAUCUUGUCAAUUGUUUACAGUUAUUAUCUCUAUCAGACAGCUAUGGGUCUACCAGUUUGUUUGAUCAUGCAUUAUACUUUGUACAACAUCACUUUUCUUUAUUAUUUAAAUCUAGUGAUUUCUUAGAGAUGAAUUUUGGAGUUCUACAAAAAUGUCUAGAAUCAGAUGAAUUAAAUGUUCCCGAAGAAGAAAUAGUACUGAAAGUUGUCCUUAGUUGGACUAAACAUAACGCAGAAUCAAGGCAAAAAUAUCUGCCUCACUUGAUUAAAAAAGUCAGAUUGCAUCAGUUAUCUGAGGAGACGCUCCAGGACUGUCUGUUCAAUGAAGAAUGUUUACUUAAGAGUACAAACUGUUUCGAUCUAAUCAUGGAGGCACUUACGUGUGUACAAGGCUCUGGUGGACUCUUCCCUGAUGCUCGACCUUCCACAACUGAAAAAUAUAUAUUCAUUCACAAAACUGAGGAAAAUGGAGAAAAUCAAUACACAUUUUGCUAUAAUAUUAAAACUGACUCGUGGAAAAUACUGCCGCAAUCACACCUAGUUGAUCUGCCAGGAUCUAGUCUUUCUAGUUAUGGAGAGAAAAUAUUCUUGACAGGCGGUUGCAAAGGGAAGUGCUGUAGAACAGUCCGGCUCCACAUUGCUGAGUCAUACCAUGACGCCACUGAUCAGACCUGGUGCUACUGUCCAGUCAAAAAUGAUUUUUUCUUGGUAUCAACUAUGAAAACACCAAGAACCAUGCAUACAUCAGUUAUGGCUCUCAACAGAUUAUUUGUCAUAGGUGGGAAGACCAAAGGAUCUCGGGACAUUAAAAGUCUCUUAGACGUUGAAUCUUACGACCCUCUUUCCAAAGAAUGGGCAUCUGUCAGCCCGUUGCCCAGAGGCAUAUACUAUCCAGAAGCAAGUGCAUGCCAAAAUGUAAUUUAUGUCCUUGGAUCAGAGGUGGAGAUUACAGAUGCCUUUAACCCAUCGCUUGAUUGCUUUUUUAAGUAUAACGCUACUAGUGAUCAGUGGUCUGAACUAGUAGCAGAGUUUGGGCAGUUUUUUCAUGCAACGCUAAUUAAAGCUGUCCCAGUAAACUGCACACUCUAUAUAUGUGACCUUUCUACCUAUAAGGUUUAUAGUUUUUGUCCAGAUACUUGCGUUUGGAAAGGUGAAGGAUCUUUUGAAUGUGCAGGCUUCAAUGCAGGUGCAGUUGGGAUUGAAGAUAAAAUUUAUAUAUUAGGUGGUGAUUAUGCACCAGAUGAAAUCACAGAUGAAGUACAGGUCUACCACAGCAGCAGGUCUGAAUGGGAAGAAGUGUCACCAAUGCCAAGAGCCUUAACUGAAUUUUACUGCCAGGUGAUUCAAUUUAAUAAAUACAGAGACCCAUGGUUUUCUAAUCCUUUGUAAAGGUAAUAUGUACUUCGACAUUCUAAAACUAUCCCAGUUAUAGUAACCUACAGUAUAUUUGUUAACCAUGAUGAUUAGUAAGAAGAUAUUUACAUCUUAAUAAAAUGACAUGUUCUUGCCAUCAGACAACUGAUACGUAUGUACAUAGAUGAAUAAACAUUUCCCUGAAACUUAAAGUACAAAAUACAUUUUACCAAAAAUUAUAUUGAAUAUAAUUUAAUGUUGGAGAAUCCAAAAUACUUGGUAUUUUCAUAUGUAAAUACGUCAUAGAUUCUGACACUUUGAUUUUUAAAGUACUUUAUCCAUGAAAGACUAGUAAAAAUAUAGUUCACAGAUUUGUACUAUUUGGACAUGAGAAAUCUCUUGAGGGAGCAAAAAUGAAUUAUUUACAUACUCUAUGAUGUAAAAGAUAAACUAGAAAGAGGUGAGAAUCCUAUCUUACCGUAGGAGGAAGAGUGCUUGGAUUUUUGUCAUUUGUGAUUAGGGGUUACCUUUUUUACCCUUUUUGGGGGGGGUCAGAAACUUUUCUACAAUGCAGCCUGUUUCCUCAGCCCUUUAAACAGAGCACUAAAUAUAGUUUAACUUUUUUUUAUGAUUCAUCUCUUCAUUGUAAUAUAAUAUACCAUGUUAUAAUGCCACCAGUAUUUACGUAAAUGGCUUUAAAAUUGCUGAUUCUAAUUAGUUUUCGGUGUCAGUUGGUUCCAAUUUCUAGCAAUAUUAGCUCUUAUUAUCUAUGUUAACAUUCCUUUUUUAAAAUUUCAGAUUUAAUGUGGGGGUACAAACAGAUUCCUAGUUUGCAUUUGUGAGGUUAAAGUCCAAUGUGCAGGUGCAUCCCACAUCGAGGCAGUGUGAUGUCUGCCCGUGUGGUGUAUCCACAGGGGUAACUUACCCAACUCCUUUCCCCUCUCCCCCUCACCCCUGCUUGAAUUUCAUUGAGUUUUUCUCUCAUGUGAGCAUGUAAGUAUUAAUCUACUAGUUCCAACUUAUUACCGGGUACAUGUGAUUUUGUUUUUCCAUUCUUGCGAGACUUCAUUUAAGAGAUGUAUAAAUUAACAUUCUUAAUUUAGUUGGUAGUUCUAAGUUAUCCCCAGCCUGAGCUUAUCUUGAUGUGUCCCCGCAGUGAGUGAAGCUCUUGGAUUCCCGGAUGGGAGCCCUGAAAUGCUUUUCAUGUAUCAUUACCAGGUUUAAAUCAGAACCAUAUCAAUGCUCUGUAAUGAUGCUGCUGACUGUAAAGCACCAUGUCGGCUUACUACUUAGGGAAGUUAUUCUCAGUGUAUUACUUUCUAAAUUCAAAAAAAAUGACAAAACUUUUAAUAUCGACAGUAAUAUUUGCAAUGUGCAUCUGUUUAGAAGUGUAAUCUUUGACCCAAAUGAUGAAAGAGUAUCGGUUAUCAUUGUUCUCAGAUGAUUUUGCCUUGCAAGAGUGGAUGUUUCUUUAAUCAGUAUAAAAGAUAAAGGCAUUUAAGGUUUUAAGAACCCUGAUUUACUUCUCAGGCAAUGUGCAGGCUAGAUUUCUCUGGAACCAAAAGUAGUUUUUUACACUCAGUAGUAAAUGUUAAUCUGUUUUAAAUGUACAUACUCUUUACAAGUGUGCCCUUAAGUGGACAGACACUUAAUGAAGGUCGUUUUCUUUUACCAUAAACAUUUAGGCAAUCAAACAUUUCAAACAUAUUUUUCAAAUUAAACAGAUUAAAUUUUCAUGCAGUUCCAAAAUCAAGGACUAUUUCUGAUUAGAUGACAAGUACAUAAAAAAUAUUCUGUCAAAUUGGUGGCCUUUCUAUAUAAGAAUACGAGUAGAUGGUUUUGCCCUUUUCUCUGUAUAGGAAAAAAGAAAAUACCAUGGAGGCUUUUGUAUAUAUAUAUGGCUUUGAAAACAAAUUAUUUAAGAAAGACCAUAACACAGUGAGUGACCUAUAUGUUGAUAUGCUAAACUGUUUAAGAAUAUAUAGAGUAAG